AUGUGCGUCAAGGAAUUCCUGGGCUACAACUGUGGGCACUGCUCCUUCCCCUACCUCCGCAAGUGCCCCAUUACCUCGCAAAAUGAUAGCUACCCAGCCUGCCACUUCCCAGCAGAGCGCCCCAUCUACACCAACGAGAACUGCCACUCGUGCGCUCGUGUCGUCUGGAACUCGCGCGUCCUGAAGGAGGAGGAGGAGCACCGUGCCCGUCACUACAUGGGCGAGUGUGACUGCCCGGUGAUCUUCGAUACAGAGGAUAGAGAGAGACGUCCGAGACCUCGUCCAGCCAAGGGAAAGGGGAGAAGCAAAGAGGUGUUACGUGGAGAGGACCACUUCAGCGAUGGGUGGCGCGAGGGCAAUGAUAACGGCGGCUAUGGUGAUCAUCACCCCGAGGGCGGAAGCGAGGACAGAGCCACUCUUGGAUACAGUACUGAGCCUAGCGGUCCCCAAGUCCCCUAUUUGAGUGGCAAUCCCCUCGUCGCUAGCAACCAAGGCUUCAGUACCGAUGCUGGCACCAACAACCAGUUCACGUGGCCAAGCCGUCACCUCCCCGACCAAGACCGCUCAGCCAUCGAGCACUUCCACCGAGGCGACGGCUUCCCUCCCGAAGGCUCACUCUCCAAAGACGCAACCUGGUUCGGACAGACAGUCAUGAAUCAGCCCGGUGCCGGCAUGAAGUGGUACCCCGAACACAACACCAACAUGCCCGUGCUGCCCCCGUUUCCCACCGGUCCACCACCAGCACCAGCACCACCACCCCCACCACCAGCACCGGCAACCACUCCUCCCUCUCGCAAGAACACCAUGGCUGCUGCUCGACGCGGCUCCCCAACCACCCAUGUGAAGAACACCAAGGCCCACGCAGCUGGAGUCUACGCCGCCAGAGUGCAAGCUGGCAAGAUCCAACAAAACGAGCAGUCGACAGCUCACAAGUAUGCCGCUCAGCCUACCCCGGUCCCGGUCCACAAUGAAUUCCAUACGGGGGAGCUCCGAGGAGUACAAGCUCACCUGCAAACACCAAAGCAGCACACCAGAUCCCCUACUCGCAAGACAAUGACCUCUCCCACACGCGUUCCUUCGGGUAUCGUCGUCGAUGUUCAUAUCCCUCGUGCACAAGCUCACCUGCAAACACCCAAGCAGCACACCAGAUCCCCUACUCACAAGACAAUGACACCUCCCACACGCGUUCCUUCGGCUAUCGUCGUCGAUGUUCAUAUCCCUCGUGCACCAAGACAUUGGCAGAAGAAGGCCAUGUCAGAGGGAAGCGAUCCCCAUCAACUUCUCCUCACACCACUGGAUACUUCAGUCAGUAUUGAGACCAUCCUUGCUCAUGAGGCCAGCAAGAAGGUUGGAAGUGUCCAAGAGGCUCCUACCAUCGCCAGCAGUGGCAUGGCUGAUUCCAUGUCGAAGUAG